CCCCCACUGAGGUAUAGAAAAACACGGACACUCUCUCUCGCAAUCUCUUCCUCACAGUCUGUGACAGAAAACUGCUUUGACAUCCACAAGCCUUGGCCUUUUACUUUCCCACUCUGCACGUUGACUCCUACUGCUUUGCUUCUCAGGUAGAAGUAAAGAUAGGGGUAGGGUACUCUAGGGGAAGUACAUCAUGAUCAAGCGGACUCAUAGUAGGAACCAGAAAACCAAAGGAGUCAGGGUGAAGCAUGUUCUGCAGAUUUGUCUACUGCUUGGGGUCUGCUUUUGGUUAAUCUAUCAGGUCAAGCAUUCCCAUGAUAAGAAGGCGGCAUUAGCUGAGAAAAAUGCAAAAUCCUCAAUCAAAAAUUUGAGUGAUGGUGAGCUUCUGAAACUUGGGAGGAAAGACCUUCCUCACCAGGAAGUCAUUAAAAAUGAGAAACAACAGGAAGAGGAGGAAGAAGAAACAGGUGGAGAGGAAGAAGAGAAACAUUUAGUAGAAGUGCGAGAAGAAGAGGAUCAGAAACAUGAAGUAGACGAGCGAGAAGAAGAGGAUCAGAAACAUGAAGUAGGAGAGCGAGAAGAAGAGGAUCAGAAACAUGAAGUAGACGAGAGAGAAGAAGAGGAUCAGAAACAUGAAGUAGACGAGCGAGAAGAAGAGGAUCCGAAGCAUGAGGCAGAAGAGCAAGAGGAGGAAGAAGCCAAGAACGAAGAUAUAGAGGAUGAGGGAAGAGGAGCUGGAGAUGAUGAGAUAGAUGAAAAUGAGCAAGAGAAAAAAGAAGGGGAAGCAGAUCACGAUGAGGACAUUGUAGAUGAAGAGAAAGAAAGAGAAGAUGAGGGGAAUGAGAAGGAUGGUGAUAAGAAUGAAAGUGAAGAGAGAGAGCAUCAAGCAGAAAAUGAGAAUUCAUUGGAUGAUCAGGAUAAUGAUACCCAUGACAACAAUGCUCAUGAGGCACGAGAGGAAAAUUACAAAGGGGAUGAUGCUUCUAGUGCAGUGACCCAUGAUACCCAAGUAAGUGCCGAAAACUCAAAUGAGAACUCAGAAGCUAGUGCUCUAGAAAGGGAUAUAAAAUCUAAUGACAAUUCACGAAUGGUUGAUGGUGUAAUGGCUGAAAAUGGUACUUCUUUAAAUGUAACCGCAAGUGAAGAGAAAGUUAAUGAUGCUAUGUCCAAUCCUGUGGAUAGCUCACUUUUGAAUGCAACGGUGAAAACAGAGUCUAAUGCUCUACCAGAAGCACGCAAUAACUCAACAGAAAUCAAUGGGGCAACUGAUUCGUACCAGCAGAACGUAACAGAAACUGUAUCUGAGUCAGUUCACUCUCAAAAUGAAACGUUGGAUGGGACGACUACUGGAGAGGGCAUGACCAUACAAACCUUGGUUGUGGAACAGGCUAAUAACACAGCUUCUCAGAACAACCAAUCUGACUCAAAUUCAACAAUUUCUACUAAAAUUGAGAGUGCAGAUGGGGUAUCGGGAGAAUCAUCUAACUCCUCUAAAAAGGUAGAGACCGAUGUGUCAGAAAAUAUCUUAAGAUCUGAUGGAACAGCUGAAACAGAGAAUGGUUCUAGUUCUCCAACAAUCAAGGAGAUCACAGAUACCUCUCAUAAUGAAGAGUCUAAUGGUACCAGUGAAUCUGGCAGGACAGAUGAAGGUUCAGACCCCACAAAUGUGACGGAGGAUGUUGUUCAGCAUGAUCCAAUUGAUUCUUCUGAUUCCCAUAUUGCCGAAGCCGAGAAAGAGGCUCGCACAGAUCUGGAUACAUUGCCAGAGAUAAAAACAGAGGGGGAUGAGAAUGGAGAGGCUGCAGCAGAAUGAUGAUUGUGGUAUUUGGGUUCUUCUGGUGCUUACAGUUUUCAUGCUUGCCUUUGCUUUUGAUAUGAAAAGCAGUUAGGUUAGUGUGUGUGAAUUUUAAUCUGUGGCUAGAAAAUCAAUAUAGCAGUUAAAAUGUAGGCUAGUUUAUAUCAGCAGCAGGUGCAAUCUGUAAAACUAAAUUCAACAUUCCACUGUACUGUUUAUUUCCACCCUAAUCUUUCUUUUCAUGUAUUCGUUUUAUGUGCUGUUUCUUUAUAUUGUAAGCUCUAGGGAAGAAGCUCAUGAUGCAUAAAAAGGAGAAGUGAAUUGUUUGAUUACCCCAGUUGAAAUUUUGGAUGUCAUAUGAAUUGGAAAAAGAAAAAAAAACGAAUUGUUUUGGUGGAGAGAGUUUAA